GAUUCUCUUCAUCCAGUUCACCACUCCCUAGAACAUGUCAAAACCCACUCUCUGGCUCCGCUGCGAAAAGAAAGAGUUCGAGCGACGUGCGGCUCUUACUCCCACAACUGCCAAAAAACUCAUCGAGGCUGGCUUUGAUAUUUUUGUCGAGAAGGACGAACAGCGUAUCUUCGAUGAUUCCGAAUAUGAAGCCGCUGGAUGCAAGCUGGUCGAAAACAACACCUGGGCCUCGGCUCCAAAGGAUGUCCCUAUCAUUGGAUUGAAGGAACUUCCCGUAUCCGAUGAGCCUCUUCCCCACACUCACAUCCAAUUUGCCCAUUGCUACAAGAAGCAAGGCGGAUGGUCUCAGGUUCUUGCUCGCUUCUACAAGGGCGGAGGAACCCUCUAUGAUCUCGAAUUCCUGAACGAUGAAAACGGCCGUCGCGUUGCUGCCUUCGGAUUCCAUGCCGGAUUCGCAGGUGCAGCAGCGGGUGCCCUUGCCGUUGCAGCUCGACGACAAGGAAAGGAUCUUGGGCUGCUCACUCCAUACCCUAAUGAGGCUGCCAUGGUUGACGAUGUCAAGAAGUCCUUGGGUGGUAGUGGAAAGGGGCUCAAGGCAUUGGUUAUCGGAGCUCUCGGACGAUGCGGUCGUGGUGCCGUUGAUCUCUUCAGGAAGAUUGGUUUGGAAGAAAACGACAUCUUGAAGUGGGAUAUGGCUGAGACCGCGAAAGGCGGACCCUUCCCUGAAAUCUUGGACGUUGAUAUUUUCGUCAACUGCAUUUAUCUUUCGUCGCAAAUACCCUCCUUCAUCACCAAAGAGACUGCCAUUGCUGCUGGAAAAGACAGACGUUUGUCUGUCGUGGUCGAUGUCAGCUGCGAUACCACUAACCCAUACAAUCCAAUCCCUAUCUAUAACAUCAAUACUACCUUUGACAAGCCCACGGUUGCUGUGGAUGUUGGCGCGGAGAACCCGCCGCUCUCUGUGAUUUCCAUCGACCACCUGCCGACACUACUCCCACGAGAAGCGUCAGAGCAAUUCAGUGGAGACUUGUUGCCAUCGUUGCUCGAGUUCCCCCAACGCUCGACUGCGCGCGUUUGGGUCGAGGCCGAAAAGCUUUUCAAGGAAAAGCUUGCAGAGGCAGCCGAGGCAGAGGGUCUGGUCUGAGCGAAGAACGGAGGAGAAUGGUCGUUGCUAUUUUUACUGGAUGAUGGGUUUACGAAGCAUUUGAUCAGAACUGUCGCUAUGGAAAAAUUGGAAUAAGGAGAUUAGAAACAAGAAUCGAGUCUUAG